AUGAGCGGAGCCCUUCCUGAGGAGUUUGAUAUCAUUGUUUGCGGUGGUGGCAGCACGGGAUGUGUGGUGGCUGGAAGAUUGGCCAAUCUGGACCACAACCUCUCCGUCCUUCUCAUUGAAGGUGGAGAGAACAAUCUCAACAAUCCAUGGGUGUUCCGCCCGGGUAUCUACCCCCGGAACAUGAAGCUGGACUCCAAGACGGCCACCUUCUACGAGUCCAGGCCUUCCAAAUGGCUCAAUGGCAGGAAGGCCAUCGUCCCCUGCGCCAACAUCCUCGGCGGCGGGUCCUCCAUCAACUUUAUGAUGUACACUCGUGCCUCGGCCUCCGACUACGAUGACUUCCAGGCCAAGGGUUGGACCACCAAGGAGCUUCUCCCCUUGAUGAAGAAGCAUGAGACGUACCAGCGUGCUGGUCAUAACGACCUCCACGGUUUCGAGGGCCCAAUCAAGGUCUCCUUUGGGAAUUACACGUACCCCGUGAAGGAGGAUUUCCUCCGAGCUGCUGAGUCCCAGGGCAUUCCCACCGUCGAUGAUCUCCAGGACCUUACCACUGGCCAUGGCGCUGAGCAUUGGCUCAAGUGGAUCAACCGGGAUACCGGCCGUCGAAGUGACAGCGCUCACGCCUAUAUCCACGCCACACGGGCCAAGCACUCGAACCUCUACCUGGCCUGCAACACCAAGGUCGACAAGGUCAUUAUUGAGAAUGGGCGUGCUGUUGGAGUAAAGACUGUCCCCAUGAAGCCUCUUGACCCAAGAGAGCUUAAGGGAAGGACCUUUAGGGCCCGCAAGCAGAUUGUCGUCUCCGGCGGAACUCUGUCUUCCCCAUUGAUCCUCCAGCGAUCUGGUGUCGGUGACCCGGCCAAGCUCCGCAAGGCUGGUGUCCAGCCCAUCGUCGACCUUCCUGGUGUUGGUCUGAACUUCCAGGAUCACUACCUCACCUUCUCCGUCUACCGCGCGAAGCCAGAGACGGAGAGUUUCGACGACUUUGUUCGAGGUGACCCCGAGGUCCAGAAGAGAGUCUUUGACGAGUGGAACAUCAAGGGAACUGGUCCCCUUGCCACCAAUGGAAUUGAUGCCGGUGUGAAGAUCCGCCCUACAGCCAAGGAACUCAAGGACUUUGAGAGCUGGCCGACCCCUCAUUUCACUGAGGGCUGGAAGUCGUACUUUGAGCAAAAGCCCGACAAGCCCGUGAUGCACUACUCGGUCAUCGCCGGCUGGUUCGGUGACCACAUGUUGAUGCCCCCCGGCAAGUUCUUCACCAUGUUCCACUUCCUCGAGUACCCCUUCUCUCGUGGAUCGACCCAUAUCACCUCGGCCGACCCAUAUGCCGUCCCCGACUUCGAUGCCGGCUUCAUGAACGACGAGCGCGACAUGGUCCCCAUGGUCUGGGGCUACAUCAAGUCCCGCGAGACAGCCCGCCGCAUGGACGCGUACGCCGGCGAGGUGGCCAACAUGCACCCGUUCUUCAACUACGACUCCCCCGCCAAGGCCCUCGACCUCGACCUGCCGACCACCAACAAGUACGCCCUGCCCGGCAACCUGACCGCGGGUAUCCAGCACGGCAGCUGGACGCAGCCCCUCUGCGAGGCUGAGAAGAAGAGCGACGUCAACAUCGUCUCCAGCAACAAGGCCAGUGUCCGCGAGGAGCUCAAGUACAGCACGGAGGAUAUCAAGGCCGUCGAGGAGUGGGUCAAGCGCCACGUCGAGACCACAUGGCAUUCCCUGGGUACUUGCUCGAUGGCUCCUAAGGAGGGCAACAGCAUCGUCAAGCACGGUGUGCUCGAUGAGAGACUGAAUGUCCAUGGCGUCAAAGGACUCAAGGUCGCCGAUUUGAGUAUCUGCCCCGACAAUGUCGGCUGCAACACAUAUUCCACCGCCCUUUUGAUCGGUGAGAAGGCUGCUCUGCUGGUCGCUGAGGAUCUCGGCUAUUCUGGCAGCGACCUGGAUAUGAAGGUCCCCACGUAUCAUGCGCCGGGAGAGUUUGUCCUCAACUCCCGCCUGUAA